CAUAAAAAUUUUCAGUUCAUCAUAGAUACAAUUCUAUCGGUACUUUUAUUCAUACAAACAUGUUUGAAAAGACUUCCUUCAUUUAGAAAAUUGGAUAAAGUAGCCUUGCGUGAUACACAUGGGGAAUGAAAACACGUGGUUGCUGCAAUGGCUUAAUAAUAUGUGCGCACACUUAAGCGUGCACGUCGAUUUAUUGUCGAACUACAUGUGAGUUGCGUGAAAAGACGAAUACUACCGAUUAUUGCCGAAGUCAUGAAUUGUUUUCCGAAACAGUUUUUGAAGUUACAACGAUUCGUGGUCCAACAGUCGAUUAGUCUGAAAGUGUCGUUCAUGACUUUACGCUUGAUUUGAUUGUCACGCGCUCAAUUACGUCGCAACGCAAUUGUGCACAAUUUGAAUCGUAAAAUUCAAAUUGUCUUUGCUAAAUCGAUUUCGAAGUGAUGACGAAAAGCAAGAAAGAAAUUUUGAUUGUGCUCAGUGCGAUUCUAACUGUAGUCACAGCUGAAAUGAUCACAACUCAUCCCAUAGUGCGUAUGAUGGAGAAAGAACUUCGAAAAGAGGUUUCUUUCAAAAAAUAUUCAUCAUCGAGAGUUGAUGAAAUGCAACUGCCACUUGAAUUACUGCUUUAUCCUUUGCAAUCCGGAAAUACUAAUAAAACGACAACGUGUACAUUGUGCGAAUAUUUAUUGCUAAUAUUUGUUUAUUUUGGAGAUAUUACAAAUGUAAAUGAGGAAGAAGUGAAAGAAUUUCUUGGAAGAGUGUGUAAUAUAAAAGUACCUACUUUCAUUAGAGGUGAUUGUCAAGAUGUUGUAAAUACUUAUGGAAGUGCAAUUGUGACCACACUUGCUAUGGAUAUCGAUCCAUUUCUGGUUUGUUCUAUGAUACGUAUUUGCCCACCGGAAUCAUCAAUAAAUAUAUGGGAAGAAAUUCCUAAGAAUUUUAUUAGCACAAAAAAUAAACCAAAUUGUGCAUUCUGUUUGCUUGCAAUAUCGCAGAUUUAUAAUGCUAUUAAAAGCAAUAAAACUAAGACUAGCAUUGAAGUUGAAUUGAAUAAAUUAUGUAAUCGUUUGCCAUAUACUUUGAACAUUGUAUGCACAAAUUUUGUACAGACGUAUAGCAUAGAACUUGUAGGGUUACUACUUGUAGACUUGUCUAUCGAAGAAGCAUGCAAUUAUCUUCAUUUGUGUGUUCCAACUGAAUAAUCCUGAUGAAAUGUAACUAUUGUUGCAAAAGUACUUAAUCAAUGAAACACAGUAUAAUCGCAAUGAAAUACCUGAGUACUCAUACUUACAUAUAAGUCAAUCCAUGAAGGUAAAUUCAUGAACGAGUUGCAUACGUUUGUGUAAUACAAACUGCAAAUUGAAAGCGAAUCUAAGAAAAUGAGAACAAAGAGAAUGAUGUGCUAUGUUUCUCAAUUGGAAAUAUAAGAACUGUGGAGAUAUUAGCCAUAACGAAGAGCCUAUUUUAUAUUGUUAAUAUAUCUUUAAAUCUCUGUAAUCAAAUACAGAUUGAUCUGUAUAGACUUGACUGCCAUUGAGAUUUUUAUACUUAAACGAAAUAUUA